GUCUUCCUUCUUCCACUCACUAAUUCAUUCACUAUCAACUAACAACACUUGUUUCUUUUUAGUUUCCAUCUCUCCCUCAAAAACAUACAAUAACAAUGUCUACAACAACACAAAGGGCAGCGUUUGGUGGCGUAGAAACUCCAAAUGGAGACUCACCCAAACAACCCCCUCGAGAAUCCCGUGACAUCCCUCCUUUAAUGUCCCCUUCUUACCCAAUCACUCUCAAGUUCAUGGACGUGGGGUACCGGAUAAAGAUAGAGAACAAGCAAGCUAAAGGAAGGUGCAUUAAGAAACUUUUCGCAACUGAUCGCGAGUCACCAACACCGUCCGAUCCAACAAGAUCAACGGUGCUGCAAGAAAGAACAAUUCUAAACGGAGUAACAGGGAUAGCGUACCCGGGAGAGAUCCUAGCCAUCCUUGGUCCAUCAGGAAGCGGCAAAUCAACGCUCCUAAACGCGCUUGCAGGGAGACUCCAUGGUCACGGCCUCACCGGAACAAUUCUCGCAAACUCAUCCAAGCUCACCAAACCGAUUCUCCGCCGAACCGGAUUCGUUACGCAGGACGACGUGCUCUACCCGCACCUCACCGUCCGGGAAACCCUAGUCUUCUGCUCCAUGCUCCGCCUCCCUCGUUCGCUGCCGCGUGAGGCGAAGAUUGCGGCGGCGGAGUCGGCGAUUGCGGAGCUUGGACUAGGCAAGUGCGAGGACACCAUAAUCGGGAACAGCUUCAUCCGCGGUGUCUCCGGCGGGGAGAGGAAGCGCGUGAGCAUUGCGCAUGAGAUGCUUGUGGAUCCGAGCCUGCUGCUGCUGGACGAGCCGACGUCGGGGCUGGACUCCACGUCGGCGCACCGCCUCAUUUCGGUGCUCGGUUCGCUAGCGAAGAAGGGGAAGACGGUGGUUACGUCGGUGCACCAACCGUCGAGCCGCGUGUUCCAGAUGUUCGAUAAGGUUCUCGUGCUCUCCGAAGGGAAUUGCCUCUAUUUCGGUAAAGGAUGCGACGCCAUGCGGUACUUUGAGUCCGUUGGUUUUGUGCCAUCUUUUCCGAUGAACCCCGCCGAUUUCCUUCUCGAUCUCGCUAACGGUGUUAGCCAUGUUGAUGGUGUAAGUGAAAGAGAUAAGCCAAACAUAAGGCAGAACCUAAUUCAUUCAUACAACACAGCACUAGCUCCAAAGGUAAAAGCUUUAUGCAUGGACACUCCCAACAUUGUUAAUCCUACAAAGAACACACACCCAAUGGGAAGAAGCAGAUAUAGUGACAGGGUUAGCUUCUUAGAUUGGUUCAACCAAUUCAGCACACUCUUCCAAAGAAGCCUCAAAGAGAGAAAGCAUGAAUCUUUCAACACUCUGAGAGUGUUCCAAGUCAUUGCAGCUGCACUAUUAGCAGGCCUAAUGUGGUGGCACUCUGACUACAGAAAUGUUCAGGACAGGCUUGGCCUACUCUUCUUCAUUUCAAUCUUCUGGGGUGUAUUCCCAUCCUUCAACUCUGUUUUCGCCUUCCCCCAAGAGCGCGCCAUCUUCAUGAAAGAAAGGGCCUCUGGAAUGUACACAUUGUCAUCCUACUUCAUGUCUCGAAUCGUUGGCGAUCUUCCAAUGGAGCUUAUCCUGCCCACAAUUUUCCUCAUUGUGACAUAUUGGAUGGGAGGCCUAAAGCCUGAUCUGGUGGCAUUUCUAUUGACAUGGUUGGUCAUCCUUGGAUAUGUCCUUGUCUCGCAGGGUCUUGGACUCGCCUUAGGCGCCGCGAUAAUGGAUGCCAAACAAGCUUCAACUGUUGCAGCAGUGACAAUGCUAGCAUUUGUGCUAACAGGUGGAUACUAUGUCCAUAAGGUUCCAGCAUGUAUGGCUUGGAUCAAAUACAUAUCCACAACUUUUUACUGUUAUAGGCUUCUGACUAGGAUUCAGUAUGGUGAUGGAAGGAAAAUCUCAUACAUGUUGGGUUGCAAUCAUGGUGGUGGAGACAGGGCUAAUUGCAAGUUUCUUGAAGAGGAUGUGAUGGGCCAAAUUGGCACUGUGGGAAGCAUUGGUGUCUUGUUUCUCAUGUUUGUAGGGUACAGAUUAUUGGCCUACCUUGCAUUGAGGCGCAUCAAGAUUUAGGAAGAAGAAUCUACAAUUAUUGAAAUUCUCUCAUGAAGAAUUGCAUAGUGUUUUUCUCUCUUUCUUUUUUUUCCUAAGGAAAAUUAAACUAAAACCUUUUUAAUUAAUUAAUUAAUUAAUUAAUUAAUUAAAAGUUACAAAGAUGAUCAUGUUUUGAAGAGAAAAGGAUGGAUCAAUUGGUUGGAUAGUAGUGCAAUGCAACAGCCACAAAGUUUACAUUAGGCUAGCUAUUCACUAACUAGUUGAUUCGAACAAGUGUAAUUGAAUUGAUGAAAAUGAUGACAUAAUCUAAGCUGUAAAGUUAGAGAAAUUAGCAAAUCGAAUUAUUGAUUGAGGCAAAGAAACAAGAGUCAUUUGUAUAUUUUGGAUUUCAAGUUGAUCUCUUAUGUUUCAUUUGUGUACUAAGAAUGAAUAUUCAAGGAA